GGCACUCUGUCCUUUUCCGGUUGGGACGGCGUGGCAAGCAGGAGUGCAGCCACCUUCUUCUCUCCUUUUCUCUUUUUCUCUUUGUCCUCUGUGAAAAUGGAUCCUAAAGCCCUGCAGGAAGAGCUACGUCUGUUCCAGAGCACUCUGCUCCAGGAUGGGUUGAAAGAGCUCCUGAACGAGAACAAGUUUGUGGACUGCACUCUGAAGGUAGGCGACCUCUGCUUCCCAUGCCACCGCCUCAUUCUGGCCGCAUGCAGCCCGUAUUUCAGGGAUAUCUUCUUCACUGAGGACGGCAAGGUCAAAGAAGACCUUAAAGAAGUGGCCUUGGAUGACGCGGACCCAAUCAUUCUGGACAUGAUCAUCAAGUACCUUUACUCGGCCGAGAUUGAUCUCACAGACGGAAACGUUCAGGAGAUUUUCGCGUUAGCUAACCGUUUCCAGAUCCCGUCCGUGUUUACUGUGUGUGUAAACUACCUCCAGAAGAAGCUCUCCCUUGCUAACUGCCUCGCCAUCUUCAGACUCGGACUCGUCCUUAAUGUACCUAGGCUAGCCAUAGCUGCCCGUGACUACAGUGCUGACCGCUUCGAGAUCCUGGUCAAGGAGGAGGAGUUCCUUCAGCUGGCACCACAUGAGCUCUACGCCUUGAUUGGUGCAGACGUCCUAAAUGUGGAGAAAGAAGAAACAGUGUUCGAGGCACUAAUGAAAUGGGUUCGCAGUGACAAGGAGAAGCGAACUAAGGCCCUUGGGGAUGCCUUCGAGUGUAUCCGUUUCCGUCUGCUGCCUGAAAAGUACUUUAAGGAGAAGGUGGAAACCGAUGACAUCAUUAAAGCUGAUCCUGAGCUCCAGAAAAAACUGCAGAUCAUCCGAGAUGCCUUCAAAGGAAAACUGCCCCAGGGAAAAAAGAAAGAGAAGAAGGAAGGUGAAGAGGAGGAUGAAGAGGAGCUCCUGCCAGGUUACCUAAAUGACAAUAAGAGGUUGGGGAUGUACGGACGCAAUCUUAUCCUCAUGGUCAAUGAUACAGCGGCGGUAGCAUACGAUGUUGCAGAGAAUGAGUGCUUCCUCGCUGCUAUGGCUGAGCAAGUGCCAAAGAACCAUGUGAGCAUUUGCACCAAGAAAAACGAGCUCUACGUCAUCGGCGGCCUGUUUGUAGAUGAGGACAACAAAGAGAAUCCUCUUCAGUGCUACUGCUAUCAGAUGGAUGCGCUCGCGGCUGAUUGGAUUGCGCUGCCCCCAAUGCCGAGUCCCCGCUGUCUCUUCGGCUUAGGGGAAAGCGGGAAUUUGAUUUUUGCUGUCGCUGGAAAAGAUCUGCAGACCAACGAGUCACUCGACUCAGUAAUGUGUUACGACACCGAGAAGAUGAAAUGGAGCGAGACGAAGAAACUUCCUCUGCGCAUUCACGGACACUCAGUGGUCUCUCACAAUGGCUUGGUCUACUGCAUCGGGGGCAAAACAGACGACAAUAAAACUAUAAACAAGGUGUUUGUGUAUAACCACAAGCAGUCUGAGUGGAGGGAGCUUGCCGGCAUGAAGACCCCCAGAGCCAUGUUCGGUGCUGUGAUGCACAAUGGCAAGUUAAUCGUCACUGGAGGAGUUACCGAGGAUGGACUGACCUCCACCUCUGAGAUCUACGACUUCACCACUAACAAGUGGGACACAUUUACUGAGUUCCCACAGGAGCGCACCUCUGUGAACCUUAUGAGCAGCAGCGGGAAUCUCUACGCCGUUGGAGGCUUCGCCAUCGUAGAGCUGGAGAACAAAGAAGUUGGACCAUCUGAGAUCACUGAUGUUUGGCAAUACGAGGAGGACAAGAAGCAGUGGAGUGGCAUGUUAAGAGAGAUGCGCUAUGCAUCCGGAGCCUCCUGCAUGGCGAUGCGCCUCAAUGCUGCCAGGAUGCCCAAACUCUAAACACAACCUCUUUUAAGUAUCGCUUCCUGUAGAUGUGCUCUUUCUAAGAUUACUUAAGAAGAAGAAACUGUUUGGUAACGAAUGGGUGUGUUUCUGUAUGUGUAUGUUUGACCAUAGCUUUGUCUUUAAUCGCACACUUUUCCUGUGAGUCUUGUGAAGAAUCUCAGUGAGAUGUAUUACACUAUUACUACCUGGAUGAUUAAGCAAGGACUGUUGGAAAAUUUUCAUUACAUCCUGCAUUAAGUAAGGGUUCGAGCCUUUAGAAUCGAUUUCAGUUUAUAACGUUCAACACGGCAGUGUGUUAAAGCGGCCAUUCUGGAGUGUUAAAUGGGCAGUUGUAGCCAUAAAGGCUUUUCCAACAUGAUAACGUGAUAUUAGUGUGUUUGACAUGCAACUGCUCUACAAACACCCAGGCACUAGGUAGUCAGAUAUUGUACAUAUAGUGUAAGUGUCCAUAGUGUGCAAUUUGAGACAAGCCCAUACCUGAAAUAAGGAUAAACAUAGUAUAUUCAGCUGUAUAAUGUUUCAUUACUCCACUCAGAUCUUAAGCCUUUUUUUUCUUAAUAAUACCAAAUAAUAUAAACAACAGAUGUGGCCAUGUUCUACAGCUUUUUGUUGUUGUCGUUGUUCUUUUUUUUGUAAAUUAAACAAUUAAACAUUUUUAAAACACA